GGAGCCCUUUGAGCUUUGGGGGAACCAGGGCCAGCAGCUGGCACAGUAGGAUGCCCCCGUGUCCUCCUCAGCAGAACAGGAACAGGUUGUCACAGCUGCCUAUUGGGGAGCUGGGCGAGAUGGAACUGACUUGGCAAGAGAUCAUGUCCAUUACUGAGCUGCAGGGUCUAAAUGUUCCGAGUGAGCCAUCCUUUGAGCCCCAAGUUCCCACCCCAUACCCUGGACCAUUGCCACCUCCAACAUACUGCCCCUGUUCAGUUCACCCAGAUGCAGGCUUCUCCCUGACCCUACCACCUUAUGAGCUCUCAGCACCUACUCCUCAUGUCCCAGACCUCCCAUACUCCUAUGGCAACAUGGCUAUACCAGCGUCAAAGCCACUCACCCUUUCAGGCCUGCUCAAUGAGCCCCUUCCAGAUCCCUUAGCUCUUCUGGACAUUGGGCUGCCAGUGGGGCCACCCAAGCCCCAAGAAGACCCAGAAUCCGACUCAGGAUUAUCCCUCAAUUACAGUGAUGCGGAAUCUCUUGAGCUAGAGGGUGCAGAGGCUGGCAGGCGGAGGAGCGAGUAUGUGGACAUGUACCCUGUGGAGUACCCUUACUCCCAUAUGCCCAACUCCUUGGCCCACCCCAACUAUACUUUGCCGCCCACUGAGACACCCUUGGCCUUAGAGUCAUCCUCUGGCCCUGUGCGGGCUAAACCUGCUGUCAGGGGGGAGGCGGGGAGUCGUGAUGAGCGGCGGGCCCUAGCCAUGAAGAUUCCCUUCCCUACGGACAAGAUCGUCAACUUGCCUGUGGAUGACUUUAAUGAGCUGCUAGCGCAGUACCCUCUAACAGAGAGCCAGCUGGCUCUAGUCCGGGACAUCCGACGGCGGGGCAAGAACAAGGUGGCAGCCCAGAAUUGUCGCAAGAGAAAACUGGAAACCAUUGUGCAGCUGGAGCAGGAGCUGGAGCGCCUGGGCAGUGAAAGAGAGCGGCUUCUCAGAGCCCGAGGGGAAGCGGACCGCACUCUGGAGGUCAUGCGCCAACAGCUGGCAGAGCUGUACCAUGACAUUUUCCAGCAUCUUCGGGAUGAAUCUGGCAACAGUUAUUCACCAGAGGAAUAUGUACUCCAACAGGCUGCUGAUGGGGCCAUCUUUCUGGUACCCCGUGGGGCCAAGAUGGAGGCCACGGAGUGAGCUGGCCUAGAGACUAACAAUGGUGCUAGGGCCUCCCCUCAUUCUCUUCUGAUAAAGGUACUCCCCAACCCCAGGACUCACAAGGCACCGAGUUCUCCAGACCAAAAGAGGGUAGAUGCCACCUUAGCAUUUGGUCUUUCCAAGGUGUGUUCAGUGAGGUUCACCUGGAGGCCAGGUGAGUGCUGGCUUCCUAGGCCCCAAGCCUCCACCUCUUGUCUAAGCUUUGGUCCAUAAAGAGCUG